CCUUAACAGAAGCACCCUGCUGGACAUCAAAGCUAGCCUACAGAUGCCAGGUAUAUAUUCUUACCUGCCUCACCUGACAGGACACCCAGAGCAUCUUAUUCCUGCCAUCAAAUUGUCCAAAGGCAGACAAGGAGUGAGUGUUGUCAUAGGAAUACCAACUAUAAAGAGAGCUAAGGAGUCUUAUCUGGUCAAGACCCUGUCUUCACUGGUUGCUGGUCUCAGCAAAGAGGAGAGUGAGGAUUGCUUGAUUGUUGUCUUCAUCGCUGAGCCAUGGGACAGGCAGUAUGUUGAGCAGGUUAUAUCAAGUAUCAAAGACAACUUUAACCCUUAUUUAGAGUCUGGUUUGUUGGAUGUGAUUGUCCCUCCUGCUGGAUUCUAUCCAGAUUUGGACGCGGUGAAGGAGAAUUUUGGUGAUCCCAAGGAGAGAGUCAAGUGGCGGACAAAACAAAAUUUAGACUAUGCCUUUCAUAUGUUGUAUGGCCGGCCUAAAGCAACUUAUUAUUUGCAGCUAGAAGAUGAUGUUGUUGCCAAACCCGGCUACCUGUCCGUGAUGAAGACAUUUGCUCGCCAGCAGAAGGGUGACUGGAUCAUGCUGGAGUUUUCUGCUCUGGGAUUUAUAGGGAAACUGUUCAAGUCAUCAGAUGUGUCUACAAUUGUGGAGUUCUUCCUGAUGUUCCAUGCUGACAAACCCAUUGACUGGCUUAUGGAUCACCUGUUGUGGGUCAAAGUCUGUAGUCCAGAGAAAGAUGUGAAACACUGCCAACGCAUGAUCCAAGCAGUCAGACGCAGAUAUAAACCUUCACUCUUCCAGCACAUAGGCUUGGAGUCUUCUCUUAAGGGAAAAGUCCAGAAGCUGAAGGAUCGUGAUUUUGGGAAGGCUGGUUUGUACAGGGCUCACGCCAAUCCUCCAGCAGAGCUCUCAACAACACUCAAGACUUACCAGAAUUUCUUGCUCAGUAAAGCAUAUGCUGGGGAGACUUUCUUCUGGGCUUCGAACCCAUCCGUAGGGGACACCGUAGAUUUCAAGUUUAAUCCUCCUAUUCGUAUAGAUCUGUACUUAUUCCGCAGUGGACACAUGGAUCACCCAGGUGACAUUUUCCACAACACAAGUAUUGAAAUUCUAACAGCAGACAAAGUCAGCCAAUCACUGAUAGACAGUAUUGUAUCAAAGGCGGGGCUUAGUCAGAAAGAGGUGUCUAAUGCAUCAGUCGAUUUCAUCCCUAUUGGUCGGUUUAAUGAUGCAGGCUUGGCUCAAGGGGAAGUCCCUGAGGGAGUGGGCAAUGUUCAGACACUUCGAAUACAUGUUCAUGAGAAGUCUGAUGCCUGGGUCAUUUUAAGUGAAAUAAUGAUCCAAGAGAGCAAGAGCUAG